AUGGUAUGGGCGGAGCGUUCCAUAGAUCUUCAGGAUGAUGAUACAGAAGAACUCGCGGCUUUGGAAUCCAAGGUGACCUUGCUUACCAAUGAAAUAGACAACGAGAUUCGACAAAGAGAAGAUACGGAAGAGCGCUGCAUAUCUCUCGCCCGACUUGCACAAAACUGCACCGCAUUAUCUGAGCUUGAAUUCGAAAUGGCACAGUAUGGAUUGGCUGAUCCCGCAGUUUUAGAACGUAAACGACGGGCAGUAGUCUUGGCGCGCGAGGCGGCGUGUAGGUGGACCGAUAACUAUAGCGUAUUAUUCUCGCAUAUUACUAGAACGCUUGGGUGUGAGGCGGGCGAACUAAGGGAGUACCUUGGCAUAGGAGAGGGCUAUGAGGACAUUGAGUAG